ACCUACCCAUCUUUUCUAUUGCAGAACUUAAAAACAUGUUUCGAAGAUUCUUUAAAAGAAUUCGGAAAAUCUUUAGAAGAAAGAAGGUUCAUCCUACAACCUGUAUUGAAACAGAGUCCAGUAGCCCAGAUGUUGCUGCACCCCAGGAGUUUAGUGUAACAGAACAUGUUACACAGGGGAAGGACUUCUUUGUUGAAGAAUUGAAAGUUGAAAAUCUCAUUGAAUCUCCAGUUCAAGUAUUGACCGAUGAGGCAAUAGAAGAGCCCAUCGAGAGUCUGAUUGAUGAACUGAAUGAUGAGAAAGAGGACAAAAAUUCUGUUGCAACUCUAUUAGUGGAUAUGGAGAAAGAACCACAUGCAACAUAUAUAAUAGUGAAAGAAGCUGUGGAAUGUCUAGAUACUUUACAGUAUCCAGAUCCAGAAUGUCCUCAAAGUGCUUCUCCUGCAGAGGUUUUUAUGCAGGACGAGGAAAAUGUAGUUGAAGAUUUCGAGACCCAAGAUAAAAAUGAUGAGAAGGAAAUUGCUGAUUCAGAUUCAGAAGAUGAUAGGUCCAGUCUUCUGGAUUGUUCUUCUGAGUCCAGCGGAGACAGCAUUUCCAGUGGUUCAAGUGAAAUGGAACCACCUAUGAUAAGUGUCACAGUGAGACCAAAAUUACCACAAGAAACUGAGAAACCACCAGAUUCUCCAGAGCCACUAGAUAGCUCAGAAAGAUCACUUGACUCUUCACCAAGAUAUUAUUAUUUGGAAGAUUCACAUGAGUACAAGAGUCAAGGGGAGGACUCCAAUGGUUUGGAUGUACAGACUGAAAGGCAAAGACCAAAGUACUACAUAAAUAGAAUCGAGAAAUCCUCAGAUUCUUCAGAGCGAGCACAUUGCCUUGAAAUGGCAUUACCAGCUAUACAUCAAAGUGAGUUGGCCAGAACUCCUUCCAAAUCUAGAACAGAAGACUAUAACAUCCUUAGUGUGCUGGGAGAAGGAUCUUUUGGACAGGUGUUUCUGGCAGAGCACAAACAUUCAAAGAAGAAAUUUGCGAUUAAGGCUAUACCAAAGAAUGUAUAUGACGAACAAGCCACUCAAAAAAUUGAGACAGAAAAGAAGAUAUUGCAAUUGGUAAAGAAGGAAAAAGCUCCAUUCCUGAUUGGCUUAGACACUUACUUUGUGACAAACUACAAUGAGUGUUUGGUUAUGGAAUAUGCCUCAGGAGGUGACCUAAGGUUACUUAUGGACAAGUAUGACCUGCCACUGAAAUGCAGCAUAUUUUAUGCAGCCUGCAUUGUGCAAGGACUGAAAUUUCUGCAUGAAAACAACAUUGUCCAUAGAGAUUUGAAGCCUGAAAACAUUUUGUUGGAUAAGAGAGGAUAUCCCAGAAUUACAGACUAUGGAAUUAGCAAAACUGGAAUAGGUUUUGAGGAUCAAAUUUAUGGCCGAUGCGGCACUCGCCCAUAUAUGGCCCCUGAAAUAUUCAAAGAAUCUCACUAUACCAGAUCGGUGGACUGGUGGGCCUUAGGUGUCAUCAUUUAUGAGAUGAUACUUAGAAAGUUGCCAUUUGAUGGAGACAGUGGUUGUGAGAUUCGUUUAAAAAUUAUGUUUGAAAGGCCAAACUAUCCACCUACCCUGCCUGCGUAUGUCCGUGAUAUACUACAAGGACUGCUGAAUAAAAAUCCCGCACUGCGCCUGGGAUCGACUGUAGAAGGAGCGCACGCGGUUAUGGAACGACCAUUCUUCUUUGGAAUGAAAUGGGAGGCUUUAAGGAGGAAAGAAAUCAAGCCUAUGUUUAUUAUGAAUUACACUGAAUAAGUCACUUCGAGUAAAGCUAAACUCAAGAACUGUGAAUUAUAAUUAUGGACUGUUUGCUAUAAUGGCAAUAUUCUAAGUGGUGUAAACAUCAUGGGCCCGUAAAGUCCCAUGGUGCUAAUCUGCCUGUGGGUGGAGGGUGGGUGGGCCCUUGGACAAAUCUUGCCCAGGGCCCCGCAGGCUUCUGUUACCACCACUGAAUAUACAAGAGUGUUCCAGCUGCCUGAGGAAUAAAGUCUUCUGAUCCUCUGCUGCAAGUCAAAAUGACAAGAACAAGGACGUUUCGCUACUCAUCCGAGCAGCUUCUUCAGUUCAACUGACUGGUAUGAUCAGAUGCAUCGACCGUCUCGGACCGGUAGAGCGACCUGCAGCACUCUCACUGUUUCACAAACCAGUCCGUCCGUCAGAGAUCUCCAUGUGAAGAUCCACUUGAUGCAGCUGCACCGAAUAAUCUUACCCUGGAAUAUACUGUAGUAUUCCGAAAUGUCUUUCUUUUAUAAAAGAAAAUAUAAAUAAAUGUAUUAUAUAUACAUGAAAAAAUGUUAUGUCCUAUUUGUUUAUGUAAAAUAUAUUAAACGAUACAUUAAUAUAUAUAGUGUACAAAUACAUUUUGUAUAUAAUAUUUAUUAAUAAAUGAUAUAUAAAGU